UUUUUCAUAAAAUUCAGAUUUUCCAACGGAUAUAUCAUUUGUGAAUCAAACGAGUACUGCAGAACCGAAAGAAGAACACGAGGCUCAUUUUGCAAAGGAUGAUGAUAGAAAUACUUGCUCAUCUACAACUGAUGGCUAUGACAGCUAUUGGAUGGGAAUGUUUAAGGAUCCAGGAGAAUUGAUAAGAAUCAUGAUUUUUAUGCCGCAAGGAGAAGUUGCUUAUGAGGUUCUACUUUUAAGGAAAAAUGGAUCAGAAAUUAGCUGUGGAAUUCAAACGGAUAGUAUUACUCGUUUAGGAUGGGCAUAUCAUGUGUGUCCCUGUCGUAACAACAGAGAUGCCAUAGGUGUAAAAAUAAAAUCGCUAUCUUCAAAGCCUCUUCAAAUAUGUGAAAUUAAAGCCUUUGUUUUGACUUCUCCCAUCUGUGUCGAUCCUCACCUGUAUAUAGAAUAUGGACGACUCCAACUGACUCGUAAGACUGCUACAUUGUUCUGUGACUCAGGUCACACACCUAGUGCUGCAAGUCGAGUCGAAUGCGUACGAGAUGGCAUCUGGAACAUCAAAAGUCUUUACUGUUUAGAGAACCAAUGGGAUGCAAGAGAACCAGGUAGCUUAAUCGAGAAAGAGCGAAAAUCAUUUCAUAACGAUCCUUAAAAUGCCCUGUAAUAUUGAUUUAACGUUCUUGCUCACUCUCAGAAAUAAAACUCUCAUUUUGACGGUUCAGUAAUAGGUCAAUUUUUUUAAAUGGAACUUUUGUUUUACAACGUGAAACAAUGAUAACUGCGAAACAAAUAUAAGGAUUGGGGAGUGAAACUAACAAGAAAGGAGCUGAAUAGUAAUAAAUAAAAUUGAAAGCUUGA